CCCCCUUUCCCGCAGUCGUGGAGAAUCGCCUUCACGGCAAUCCUUCGCGCCACCUGGGCUGCGCUUGCUGCUACUCAUUGUUGAGCUCGGCAUGCUGCGCGCGCAGAUGCGCUACAGCUGGCUCUGCCAGCUCAGUGCUCGUAGGUGGCGCGGUCUGCGCACGCGCUCGCGCUCGCGGCGCCAUCCCGACCCUCCCUUCCUUCUCUCGCGGAGGCGCUUCUGCCCUCUCAUGCACGUUGCUCACUUCCCCAUUCCCCCUUAUCCCUCUCCUCCCUCGACUUGCAGUAUUCUGUUCUAUCUACAGUAUAUUCAUAAUGCCAACCAACACCCCCAGGGCGCGAGGAGGGACACGGCGGAGGGACGAGGAGAGAACGCGCAACCUGCGCGAUGGCGAGCAGAGCGGGGGUGCCGAAUAAGGCGCCCUCUCCGCAUUUUACGCCCUCAGACCGUGCCUGAGGGCGCGGGAAGCUCUCCUAGGCCGCGUAGUGCGCCGUGGGCGACUCGGCGAUGGCUCAGGCGCCUCCCAAUGCCCCCGCUGCGUAGCUGGCGCAUCACCCCACUCCCACCCUCACCCCCUUCCCCUUCCCCCCUUUCUCGCGCGGGAUCAACUCCAUCGCAAUCUCCCGCGUCACUAGCAACGCGCGAGUAUUGCUGUGGUUGUCCUCGGCACGCCGCGCGUCUGCUCUGGCUGUGCUCGGCCAUGCCAGCAUGGCGAGCGGAAGCCAGCGGGAAGGGAGUCCGCUUCCUCUGCACCUCGUUAGGGCGCGGAGGGGGUGCGUGGCGAAGGACGCGCGUGAGUCGGGGGCCGCGUGGGAGGGAGGACAGCGCAUGAAGGGAGGGGGCACGCUAGGGAAUGGGACACGAGAGCAGGGGCAAAGAAAGCGGGACGGCCGUAGUGCCGAGCGCACGCGAGCAAAUUGCUCGCUGCACCCUGCCCUACACUCUACAUCGCGCAUACCCCCCGACGCGAAGCGCGAUCGCGCGCGCUUCUCAGCCCGUGCCGCC